AUGGGUCGAUGGGCUGCUGGUGUGUGGUGUGCUUGUACUGUCGCGACGCGCAGGGUGAGGCUGUCUUGUCCCUUCCCCCUGCCUGGCCUCCACUGGCCCGUGCCCUCGCCCUCCACACGAAACCACUGCCAGCAUCAGCCAUCCUGCAGCAGGCCAGCCGACGCCCACCCACCCCACCCCGGCGACAUGCCGCCCAAGAGACCCAAGCCAUCCGCCUCCCGCUCGGCCGACUCCCCCUGGCGCAGGUGUCCCCGAGCACCCUGUCUGGUCUCCUAUCACCCCAAGAACGCCCACCGCCACCUGGCCAGCUGCCGAUACUUCUCCUGCUCCAACGAGCACUGCAGCUUCCUGGGCACCCAGACCCAAGUCGAUGACCACGAGUCCGGCUGUCCCUACGGCCUUCGCUCCGAGGAAAUCGGCACAACCGAUCCCCUCUCCGAGUCGCCCUCCGAAGUCCUCGACAUCCUCACCUCGCCCAACCGUGUCCACAGCUACCCCACCGACCCCUCCAGCGGCGUCUCGCCUGCUUCCUCACACACGAAGCCCUGUGUCGCUCGCCAGGCGCGCCUCGACUCCCAGGACGAUGAUCCGCCCAGCUCCUGCGACGGCAGCCCCGUCCAAAGCUCGUCCCGGCUGACCAGGCUCACCAUGCCGAGCGACUCGGCGACGAUCACCCGCGCCCGGCCCGGCCAGCGCCGCUCGACCCUCGACCCGUACGACCCCUCCGCCAAGCGCAUCUUCUCGCUGCCCGACGAGGCCAUCCACCCCGGCCUCAAGCCGGGCCCUCCGAAGCCCGCCAAGUGCUCCUCGCCGGUGCCCCCUCCACCCACCCGCCGACUGGCCACCUACGAGCUGCAGCGCUACCGCCCCGAGCCGCGCUCGCUGCGUCCCCGCCUGCUCUCCACGGACACCAAGCCCUCACCCAAACUGCUCGCACAGAACCAACAGCACCAGGAGAAAGAGGAGGAGGGGAUCGCAGAAGCACUGGCCCACUCGGAGGCCCAGCUCGAGGCCGUCAAGGAGUGCUACAGCGCCCUGCUCAAGUCCUUCGACGACAUCGCCUACUCGAUCUCCCAGAACAAGGCCUCCCACGAGCUCCAGGAAGAGCUCGGCCGGGUGCCGCUGGAGGAGUUCGACCGGGUGCUCUCGGAGCUCAACGAGGACGGCGUGCCCGAGCGGGCCUUCCUGGCCGACAUCGUCCGCGACGACUUCGCCGACCAUGUCGACGACGACGACGACGAUGAUGAUGAUGAUGACGAGCAGAAGGAGUGCACCAGAAGGGCGGCGACGGGGAAGAAAAAGAAGAAGAAGAAGAACCUGGGACGCCCAACGACGCCGGCCGGGCGGAUGAAGAGCCCGGAUUCCUCGUCCGACGCCGGCUUCGACCCCCACGAACUACUGACCUCAGACGAGCUGGCGGACCAAGUCCGGCUGAAGAUCGCCGCCGCCGAGGCCAAGUCCUCGUCGCCGCUGCCUCUCGACAGUCCCUCGAACGUCUUCGGCCGCAAGCGCAAGCGGCCCGACCCCGCAUCUUCCCCCCUGCCCCUCCCGACCAGGUUCGUCCAUAAGCUCGCCGAUACAACUAUCGACCUUGGCGACGAAAUCCAGCCCGGCCUUCCCUCCUGCUGUAACUUUAAUAAACUCAUCCAGGCCGCUAAGGCGCGCAUCCAGACCAGACUCGACCUGCGCAACCAACGCCUCCGCUCCCCGUCCCCGUGA